CAAAACAGAGACACAAGACGGGGAAGGUGCUACUGUCAAUUUAUUUGAAUAUCUUAAAAAUAUUCUUUACCCCCCCCCCCCCCCCCCCUUUAUAGGACUGAAGCAGAUGUCCGCUCCUCCCGGAGAAGAUCUGGUCCACCAAUGGGAGAGCGAGCAGGCCCGUCUCAGACUGCAGGUGGUACAGGAGGACACCGAGGACUGGCAGCGAAGCCCCCACUUCUCGGGCCUGGAGAGAGUUGGAGGAGUAGACCUGUCUUUCAUCAAAGGGGAUGAGGUCAACGCCUGCGCCCAACUGGUGGUGCUCAGCUAUCCCGACCUGGAGGUGCUCUAUGAAGACAGUCAGAUGGUGACCCUGACGGCUCCAUACAUGGCCGGCUUCCUGGCCUUCAGAGAAACCCCCUUCCUUCUGGAAGCCCUGCAGCGGCUGGAGAGGAACCAGCCCAAACUUCUGCCUCAGGUGGUGUUUGUGGAUGGCAAUGGUCUCUUCCACUACAGAGAGUUCGGCCUGGCGUGUCAUCUCGGCGUGCUGUCGGGGCUGCCGUGCGUGGGCGUGGCCAAGAACUUGCUGCAGGUACAAGGUGUGCACAAGAGUGAACAGCACCAGUCACAGAUAGCUGCUCUGCAGAAAGGAGGAGACAGCUUCCCACUCACAGCCGCCUCCGGCAAAGUGCUCGGAAAGGCACUGCGGAGCUCCGACAACAGCUGUAAACCGGUGUACGUGUCCGUGGGCCACCAGAUCAGCCUGAACACAGCCGUACGCCUCACACACUCCUGCUGCCGCUACCGGGUCCCAGAGCCCAUCAGACAGGCCGACCACCGCUCCAGAGAAUACCUUCGCACGCAGAUGCAGAUACACGACACAAAGAAAUGAGGUUGCAAAAGAUGCAACGAAAGAUCUAAAGAACUCUGAAGACCAGCAAGUACAGAAGACCACUAAAAAUGUGCCACGUGUGGGUGUGUGUGUGUGCAUAGGAUUUCAGUCCCGGUCCGUACUAACACAGCAAGACCGAUCAGUUCUUUUUAAGCAUUUGCCACAUUUUCAAACUGGAUAUGGGUCAAACCGUUCCAUUUUACUGUUCUCAUUAAAUUUUUUGGGUCACUAAGGUUUUUACAUUGAGAGCCUUCUCAAUAAAUCAUUGGAAGUGUAAACAAUACGACACACACACACACAGUCCCGGGCCAUAUUGCGCCUGAUGCGUCGUCACUGCGUGGCUCUCUUUAGGUGAGUCAGACUUGGCAGAGGGCCUCGCGGUGCCAGGCCGGGCCCAGCGAGGCCAGCGGAAACGAAGG